CACUCAAUCUCUCUCUACAAGUUUUGUUUUGGCAACGUGGAUGUUGAGGCUUGCCCUCAUUCAUGGUCCUUAAAAAACCAUUAGACUGAUCAAAAUUUCCCUCUUGAUCCAUUUCUGCAAUGUUUGGGUUGGCUAGGUGAGUCAUCAUGGACAGAGGUUUUGAGGUUGACUGGUUGAGCUUGAAGGAGGUGUAGAUCUUGACUUCAUGAGUAUGGCUGCUGCAAAUGCUGGAUGGAUUGACCAUACGCAACCUGGCCCUAUUGACGCGUCUGUGUUGAAGUUGCAACCCACCUAUCGAUCUGAAGCUAUUUGGAACGGGCAGGAUCCAGGGUCCCUUACCUGCCGUACCCGUAAUUCAGAGUUCUCCAAUCGAGAGCCAAUGGUGGACAACCAAGUCGUUGACAUCAUUAAGGUACUCGGUUUGGAAGGACUCCUUAGGGUCCCGGGUAGAGAAAUUGACCAUGGCCUGAUAACGACCUUAGUGGAGCGAUGGUGGCCAAAGACUCACACCUUCCACAUGUCACAUGGUGAGGUCACCAUCACAUUGCAAGAUGUGGAGGUUCUUCUCGAUCUUCCUGUUAAUGGUGACGCUAUAACAGGGAGCACGCAGAAAGUUUGGGCGAAUGUGUGCCAGGAGUUCCUUGGCUUUCAACCUAUAAAUCAAGAGCAGCAUAAGCAACUUACUGGCCAAAGGAUCCUCAUCAACCGGCUUUUGCAGCAAGUUGCAGCUCCAUUGCCUUCUAAUGCUGAAGAGGAUCAGCUGCAUAAGUACGCACGAUGCUACAUCCUAGCGCUACUGGGGGACACAAUAUUCAUGGACAAAUCCGGCGAUAGGGUGCAUCUAAUGUGGGUACAAGUUGGAAGACAUUCGCAACCCACAAAUGUACAGUUGGGGAAGUGCUUGCCUUGCAUGGUUAUACCGAGAGUUAUGCAAGGCAAGCGAUAAGGACACCAAUCAGAUUAGUGGGUGCUUACUAUUGGUCCAAUGUGUAGAAUGUAUGGCUGCUGCAAAUGCUGGAUGGAUUGACCAUACGCAACCUGGCCCUAUUGACGCGUCGGUGUUGAAGUUGCAACCCACCUAUCGAUCUGAAGCUAUUUGGAACGGGCAGGGUCCCUUACCUGCCGUACCCGUAAUUCAGAGUUCUCCAAUCGAGAGUCAAUGGUGGACAACCAAGUUGUUGACAUCAUUAAGGUACUCGGUUUGGAAGUACUCCUUAGGGUCCCGGGUAGAGAAAUUGACCAUGGCCUGAUAACGACCUUAGUGGAGUGAUGGUGGCCAAAGACUCACACCUUCCACAUGUCACAUGGUGAGGUCACCAUCACAUUGCAAGAUGUGGAGGUUCUUCUCGAUCUUCCUGUUGAUGGUGACGCUAUAACAGGGAGCACGCAGAAAGUUUGGGCGAAUGUGUGCCAGGAGUUCCUUGGCUUUCAACCUAUAAAUCAAGAGCAGCAUAAGCAACUUACUGGCCAGAGGAUCCUCAUCAACCGGCUUUUGCAGCAAGUUGCAGCUCCAUUGCCGUCUAAUGCUGAAGAGGAUCAGCUGCAUAAGUACGCACGAUGCUACAUCCUAGCGCUACUGGGGGACACAAUAUUCAUGGACAAAUCCGACGAUAGGGUGCAUCUAAUGUGGGUACAACAGUUGGAAGACCUUCGCAACCCACGAAUGUACAAUUGGGGAAGUGCUUGCCUUGCAUGGUUGUACCGAGAGUUAUGCAAGGCAAGCGAUAAGGACACCAAUCAGAUUAGUGGGUGCUUACUAUUGGUCCAAUAGGAAAUCCUUAUUGAUCAACAAAUCAACUAAACAACUACUUGUGAGGCAUCAACUUUGGCUGGGACUGUUGGAAUUACUAAGCUGGCAACAGAGGUCCUGCGACAUGGCCUUAGGACACAACAUACACCAUAUGAUUCUGUGCACAGUAGUUUGAGAGUGUGAUUGUAUUUCUCCCUGAGUACACCUCCGGUGUACUUAGUGCUGUUUUUAUUAAUACAAUUUUUGGUUACU